UAACUGAAGACGAUAUAUAGUUCAAUAAAUCCUAAAUAUGUCAACUUGUGGAAGAAUCGUUAUGAUCCCAAUUGAAAAAAGUAGCUAUAGUAAACGAAUUGUUGAAUGGUACUUUAACAAACUGUGGAAAUAUGUCGAUCAAGUUAUUUUUAUACAUGUUUACAAUAUUCCUUUAAUGUCAACUCCAACAGCGAGAUUUGGUUAUUCAGUGGCCCUACCGGAGUGGGAGGGUGUUCAUAAAUCAGUGGAUAAAGAAGUGCUCGAGAGGAUCAGUGAAUUCGAGGAAUUGCGCAGUUCUAAAAACCUGAGAUUCAAGACAAUCUACAAAACGGGAGAAGCCGGCGUUGUGAUAUGUGAACAAGCUAAUAAAGAAAAUGUAAAUUUCAUUAUCAUGGGCUCACGUGGUUUAGGAAAGAUUGCACGUGUACUUAUUGGAAAAGUAAGCAGACACGUCAUCCUACACAGCGGUCUCCCAGUCUUGGUCAUACCACCGAGAACAGAGGAAAACUAAUCACGAGCUUUUAUGAUAUAAGUAUAGUGUUUUGGUAAUGGUGACACUUACAUAAAGUAUUAAUAAUUUCUUCUUUCACAAAUCGUUAACUGAUUAAUUAAUUGGUGAUUCUUCACGUUACCAAUUAAUAUAUAUUCAAUAUGGCGGAAGGUGAAGAGGUAUUAUAAGCUUGCAAUAUGCAUUUUAUGAUCAAUAACAUAUCUAUAACUAUAAGUAGUUAAAGCUACAAAGAUUGUUAGACAGAGAUUGUUGUAGAAAGAUAUUGAAAAAGUGUAAAUUACGUCUUGCUUUAUGUA